UCUCGGUGGCUCUGGGCGCAUGCGCGGCUGGCAGGCAGAGUAGGGGGCGGAGGAGGAGGCCGGCCGUUCAGAGCUCGCUCGCGGCGCAAAGCGCAGCAGCACGGCGGGGGCCCAUGGCCGCCCGUUAAUGGGGCAGGGGCGCUCACGUGCGGUCGGUGCUUGGAGCCGCGGGGGGACUACGACGACGACGAUGAUGCUGAUACAGCCUGCGGAGGCCGAUCGGAUGCCGCUAAGCCAGCACAGGCCAGGCAUGGAGCCGCGGCUGCUGGUGUAGGAGCCGCGAGGAAGAGGAGGAAGAAUAAGGGAGGGAGGGAGGAAGGAGCAAACGAAGGAGCGAGCGAAGCCACCACCAGAAGCCGCCCCCCGCCCGGGUGGAGACAGAUAUCGCCUGGCCCAGUCUGCUGCACACUCACUGACAAGGAACAGAAUGGCUGCAAAGGAGAAAUUGGAAGCAGUGUUAAAUGUGGCCUUGCGGGUGCCAAGCAUCAUGCUUUUGGAUGUCUUGUACAGAUGGGAUGUCAGUUCCUUCUUCCAGCAGAUCCAAAGAAGUAGCCUCAACAACAAUCCCCUGUUCCAGUACAAGUACUUGGCCCUUAACAUGCAUUAUGUGGGUUACAUUUUAAGUGUUGUGCUUCUGACCUUACCCAGACAACACCUGGUUCAACUCUACUUGUAUUUUCUAACUGCAUUAUUGCUAUACGCUGGACAUCAGAUCUCCAGGGAUUAUGUGAGGAGUGAGCUGGAGUCCGGCUAUGAAGGGCCAAUGUACUUAGAACCUCUUUCCAUGAAUCGUUUUAUGACAGCCUUAAUAGGUCAACUGGUAGUGUGCACCCUUUGCUCCUGUGUCAUGAAAACCAAACAGAUCUGGCUCUUCUCUGCCCACAUGCUCCCUCUGCUGGCACGGCUUUGUCUGGUCCCUCUAGAAACUAUUGUUAUCAUCAACAAAUUUGCUAUGAUUUUCACUGGCUUGGAAGUUCUCUAUUUUUUGGCUUCCAAUCUUCUGGUACCAUAUAAUCUUGCCAAAUCUGCAUAUAGAGAACUUGUCCAGGUGGUUGAAGUGUAUGGUCUCCUGGCCUUGGGAAUGUCCUUAUGGAACCAGCUGGUGGUCCCUGUUCUCUUCAUGGUCUUCUGGCUUGUAUUGUUUGCCCUUCAGAUCUACUCUUACUUCAGCACACGGGAUCAACCUGCCUCUAGGGAGAGGCUUCUCUUUCUCUUCCUAACAAGUAUUGCAGAAUGCUGCAGCACUCCCUAUUCUCUUCUGGGUUUGGUGUUCACGGUCUCUUUCGUUGCACUUGGAGUCCUAACCCUCUGCAAGUUUUACCUACAAGGUUAUCGAGCAUUCAUGAAUGACCCAGCUAUGAAUAGAGGGAUGACAGAAGGAGUCACACUUCUGAUCCUAGCUGUGCAGACUGGCUUGAUUGAAUUGCAAGUUGUCCAUCGGGCCUUCCUGCUCAGUAUUAUCCUCUUCAUUGUGGUUGCAUCCAUCCUGCAGUCUAUGCUUGAAAUUGCGGAUCCCAUUGUUCUAGCUCUGGGAGCUUCAAGAGACAAGAGUCUUUGGAAGCAUUUUCGUGCCGUGAGCCUGUGCUUGUUCUUGCUAGUCUUCCCAGCUUACAUGGCAUACAUGAUCUGUCAGUUUUUCCACAUGGACUUCUGGUUGCUAAUCAUCAUUUCUAGCAGCAUUCUCACAUCCCUCCAGGUACUUGGAACGCUUUUCAUUUAUGUUUUGUUUAUGGUCGAGGAGUUCAGGAAAGAGCCAGUAGAAAACAUGGAUGAUGUCAUUUACUAUGUGAAUGGCACCUAUCGAUUGCUCGAGUUCCUGGUGGCUCUCUGUGUUGUGGCCUACGGUGUGUCUGAGACCAUCUUUGGAGAAUGGACUGUGAUGGGCUCAAUGAUCAUCUUCAUUCACUCCUAUUACAAUGUGUGGCUUCGUGCUCAGCUAGGAUGGAAAAGCUUUCUGCUCCGCAGGGAUGCUGUGAAUAAGAUCAAGUCACUGCCCACUGCUACCAAAGACCAGUUGGAACAACACAAUGAUAUCUGUGCCAUCUGCUACCAGGACAUGAAAUCUGCUAUAAUCACACCUUGUGGCCAUUUCUUUCAUGCGGGCUGCCUUAAGAAAUGGCUAUAUGUGCAAGAAACCUGCCCCCUGUGCCAUUGCCAACUUAAAAAUCCCACCCAGCCUCCCGGGCUAGGAGCAGAGCCAAAUCCUGGUGCAGAGCAAAACACUGUUCAGCAAGAAGCAACUGAAAUGCUCGGUGUAGAACACCAGGAGGGAGCAGGAGGUGAAACUGUUGACAAUGUACAACCUGUCAAAGGAUUAGGUUCGCUGCAACUUGACACCAAGGGUGGUCCUGCCAAUCCAGAUGAUGCAUCUUCCAGUGAGGCCAACCAGGAGAAAAUCACCACAGCAGGACUGGCUGAAGAACAAGAAGAGGUUGUAACCAGAGAUCUAGGGAGUUGUAUCCAGAAUUGAACAAGGGGGUGGGGGUGCUAGGAUAAGCACUCCAAGGCCCUCUGACUUGGCUGACAGAAUCCUACUCUUUUAUUGUCACGAACAAGUUUAACUCUCAGAAUGCUGGCCAAAAUGUAUUUAUAAUAUCCUAUGCUGAUUUCUGUGAGCUGCUUGGUUACAGGGCUGCCAGUAUAAUCCACUGGGAACUACUUUAGAAGCUGCUGCCGCAUUACAAAAGGGCAGAAACUGGAAAUCAAAACUGAAUAUUGUUGGGAGGGAAGGCUGGCAAAGACAUGAGGAUGGGGGUGGGCUAGGGUAGGGAGCAGAGAACGACAGGUGAGAAUAAACAGUGUUGCGUAGACUGAGAAGGGAGAAUAAAAUAGAAGGGCAAAAGAGGUGUGCUUGAAUCCAUUGGCUUCAUCUGUCUUCAAUGAUUCGAGCUCAAUAAAGAUCAUUGGUAAAAAUUCUGUAUGGCACUGAAGUGAAAAAUCAGGAUGUAAGAACAGUGGAUGUGUUGGAACUGGGCAGCACUUAAGUAUCUUGGGUGUGGUGCUUUGGGCAUGUUGGGUAGGGCGUUUGCAUUCAUGUAAUCUAUAGCAACUCUUGACUUUUUAUGAUGGAGUCUUCAACACUUUAAUAUUUAGGGACCUUUUUGUUAACGAACGUUCAGGACAGUGUGGGCUGUGUGAAGUAAAUUAAAGCUCCAGUGAACUCUCUCAACUCCACCAAUGGGUGCAGGAGAGAUGUGGGAGGAGUUUCAGGAAACUGAUUGAAGCCUCUCGGUGCUGUUCAGUUCUGUGUAGUGUUUAAUUUCUCGCAGCUGAAUUAAAGCAGUAUUAAUCUCCUGGCAAUAUUUGCACCUUUGGGAAUGAGUACAUAAACUGUAUGAUCAAAUGCCGCAAAUGCCACUCCUAAAACUGUUGAUAAGAUUUGCACCUUUUUCUCCUUUUUUUCCUCUUUUUUUUUUUUUGACAACAGUGUGUGUGUAUUUAAAUUUUUACAUUCAUCAUGGCUUUCAGGUAGAACUAGGGAUUGGGGGAGGGAUGGGGGCUGGCCAUUUUUUAUGUGAAUUUUGAUAUGAAAAGGAACUAGUCACUUAUUUAUACACUAGGCUUGGCUCAAAAAUGUGUUUUUGUUUUCCUCAGAAGUUGUUGUUGUUCCUAAUGUGAAAUGUGACAUUAUUUUAUUUUUUAGUAGUGAAUUUGGAUGUAGACUGACAGACAUAGCUGAAUGUCUCAAUAAACUAAAUUUGAAGAUUUUUUA